CAAUGUUACUGUGGCAUUUGGUAUGCCAGAUAUACCAUACAAAUUGCCUAUCCAAACGGUUGAAGAAUUAGACGAACUAAAUAUUUAUCUCACCAAUAACGUGGAAACAUUUGACGCUUUGAGAUCGUAUUUGGCUACUCUGGGUGGUAAUACUGUUUCAUCAAAAGCUAACAGAAUUCUUAAACAUAUUGGGGAGAGUCGGAUAACCGUGCGCAGCGGCAAAUGGUGCGCACCAUGAUAUUAUUUGAAUCGUCCUUUGUUUUCACGAAGUGAAACAUAUAGCGACAUCUUCUAGGUAUUACAUGAACUACAGGUAAAAUUCGCGCUAUUUUUGAGGUAAACACGCCUACUAUAUUGUCUGAAGGUUAAGUCAACUGAUUUACUGUAAUUUUCGUGCUUGUGUAAUUAAGUGUUACCUUUGUAAAUUAGGACGUUUUUGCUUCGGUAAGUAUAGCAAGCUAUGCAAUACGGAUCUGAUUAUUAUUGUAGCAUGCUAUUUAUGAUAAAUCAUUUGUAGUUUUGUUUUGGUGAAUUUUUAUAAAUAUUUUGUAGAUGUCGGCUAAUGGUGCGCGAUGCGCACAAUUAUCCGACUUUAAAAUGUUUCAUGUUCUAUUGGUAUUUAUCUUCACACAGAUGCCAAAAUAUACCCGAAAAUCCAAUAAAGCCUCCUGGGACGCUAGUCAAAUGAGAAAAGCCUUAUUGUUUAUUACAAAUGGUGGGACAAUUAGAGAAGCAGGUAGAAAAUUUGGAAUUCCAGAUGGGCGCAUGAGCUUUGUAGUGGUGUCGAUUCCGCAGAAGGUUACGUUUGUGACUUUUGCGACCGUUAGGUGACAUUUCAAAGGUCAUAGAAUGUUUCAGUAAAAUAAAAUGUACCUCGUAUUGAUUAUACACCUUCCUCUUAAUGUUUUUCUACUUGCGCACAAUUACCCCACCUGGUGCGCACAAUUAACCGCAUAGGGUGGAUAAUCAUGCGCAGUGCCACUUUUCCUCUUAUUUUUUCCCUAUCAUCAACAUGAAUAUUUAAAUCAUUUUUGAUUGAUUUGGGUAAUAACCAACAUAACAGAGAACAAUACUACCAAAUUUAAGAGUUGAAUUUACAAUAGUUUGGAAAAUACGAAUUUUAUCGCUUAGAUGCGCACAAUUCACCGACUCUCCCCUGGUUCUAUCCGAUAGUGUUAGCUCUAAAUUUAAUUACUAUGGCCAAAGAUCAAUUAAAAGAGCAUUCUCCGAUUUAAUAUUGAAGGAUUUAGUCAUCACAAGUUCGUUUACCAUUUAUAUUAAUCCAUGCUAUUUUGUUUAAGGUGCUGUAAAGAAGGGGUUUCCUAACGCAUCCGAUAAAGAGGUUGAAGAUACCAUCAAAGUGUGGUUGAAACACUCACAAGAAAGAUUGAAAAAGAAAGAUGCACAAAAGGAUAAGGCGUAAAUUAAAACCUAUUGUUGGUAAGCGGCAAUUUCUUCGUAGGGUGGCACAGUCAGUUCAACAAACACUUAACAAUACUUCAUCAAGUACACCACUACCGUCAACAUCUUCUGUACCUGAAAAUCCCAACUCUAUUCUUAGAGAAAUUAACUCGCCUAUAUUACAUCCAUUUUUACAUGAGGAAUUUGUUGCAAACAAUAAUGAAAAUCCUAACGCCAACGACUCUCAGACCAAUUAUCCAUUUUUACUUCCUUCACAGGAUAUUUUAGAGCCAUCUUUACUGGUCAGCUUAAUGCAUUGGUGUGUUACUUUUAAUAUCCCACAUAUAGCUAUUACCAGUUUAUUACAUAUAUUACAUCGCUUUCAUCCAGAACUUCCGCUAAGUUCUAAAACCUUAUUGGGAACGCCUAGACAAGUUAAUACUACCAAAGUUGGAGAUGGUCAGUUUUAUUAUUUUGGGUUAAAAACUGGUCUUUCAUUUGUACUUUCAACAAUUUCUGAAAUUAAAGAUAAAAUAGAAAUUAGUUUUAAUAUUGAUGGUAUACCGCUAUUUAAAAGUUCAAAUCAACAAUUCUGGCCAAUAUUAGCACUUGUAAAAAAUUUUAAGAGUAAACCGUUCGUUGUGGGCAUAUUUUCGGGUACAUCAAAACCAAAACCCUUGGAAUUGUUUUUAAAUGAUUUUAUUGAAGAAUUAAAUUUAAUAAUACAUAAUGGAUUUGAAUAUAAUUCCAAAGUUUAUAACAUUAGUGUGCAUAGCUUUCUUUGUGAUGCUCCAGCCAGAGCUUUUAUUAAACAUAUAAAAUCACACAGCGGAUAUUCAAGCUGUGAAAAAUGUACAAAUCCUGGCAAAUAUAAAGACGGUAGAAUAAUUUUUGAAACUGACUCUUUUUCAAAGCGAACAGAUUCUUCAUUUCUUCUUCAGCAGGACGAAGACCAUCAUACCGGAAUUUCUCCGUUAUUAAAGUUAGGUAUUGGAUUAGUCUCUGUGUUCCCAAUAGAUUACAUGCAUGCCUGUUGUUUAGGUGUUAUGAGGAAACUACUUUGUUUUUGGUUAAAUGGUGCGUUAACAACAAGGUUGCCCAAUCAAAAGGUGAAUGCUAUUUCUAAUAUGUUAAUUUCAUGGAAGCAACAUAUUCCUUCUGAUUUUAAUAGGAAGCCCCGGUCACUUAGUGAAGUUCAAAGGUGGAAAGCAACUGAAUUUCGCACAUUCUUAUUAUAUUUAGGAGCAGUUGUUUUAAAUAGUAACACACAUAAAGCUGUUUAUGAACAUUUCCUUCUAUUUCAUGUCGCAAUAUUAAUUCUAUCUUCAAAACAUUUGAUAUCAAAAUUUGGAUGUUCAUAUGCUAAUGAAUUGCUAAAUACAUUUGUGAAACAUUGUGAGAAAUUAUAUGGAUCCCAGUUUUUAAUUUAUAAUAUUCAUAUUUUAUUACAUCUAUCUGAUGAUGUAAUUAAAUAUGGGCCUUUGGAUCAAUUUUCUUGUUUUCCUUUUGAAAAUUUUCUGGGGCAAAUUAAACGUUUGAUUAGAUCACCUACCAACACACUACAGCAGGCCUGUUGUAGAAUACAGGAAAUACAAAAUAUUCGUUUUAAUGUAAAUCAGAUGCAUCCACCCGCAAAUAUGCUUUUUCCUCAUGAUUCAGGACCAGUACCUCCACAAAUUGCAGCUGAUAAUUGCAAACAAUUUCUCAAGUGUUUCCAUAAGGGUUUUGAAAUUUGUGUUCAUUCUUAUUCAAAAGCAAACUCCUAUUGUAUAACAAAUAAAGGAAAAGUUUUGCAAAUUCAAAAUAUCAUUUUAAUGCAAGAUAAUAUAUUAAUUGUUGGCAAAUUUUUUCAGACAUAUAAUUCUAUAUACACCUAUCCUUUAAACUCGAAAGAUCUAAAUAUCUAUCUUUUAUCCGAUUUAUCACAUAAUAUUGAAAUAAGCUCUCUUGAUGAAGUUAUGGGAAAGUGUUUAGUACUGCCUGCAAAAAAUAAUAAUUGGGCUUCAUUCCCAUUAAUCCACACCUUCGAUGAAAUUAAAGCAUAGAAUGUAUUUUAAAACGAAUUUUUCUAAUUCUAAUUUGUUAAAUAGAAAAUAGAUUUGUGCAUUACUUUAUUAUCCAUUUAGUUUAUUUCUAGAGUGUAUUUUUUUAUUUUUAAUAU